AUGUACGGCUUCACGGGUCAGAGCCAAUACGGAAGUUAUAAUUCCACAUACGCAACUUCCCCGGCAGCAGCCGUCUACAGUGCAGUACAGUCGCAACAAACUCCUCAUACGCCAACUCUAGGAGCUGUUGGGGCCACUAAUCCGACCAGAUCACCAUAUGCUGCCGCAGCUUAUGCGGCUAAUCCCAGUGCUGCUGCGGCCUACGCCCAGUAUGGACAAACCGCAGCCGCAGUGGCUGCAGUUCAACAGCAACAACAGGUUCAUUAUUGUUUCUAG